CAUGGGAAGAGUGGCUCUAUUGCUCUUUCUUUUUGCCGUUACUGUUGAACUCUCUCUAGGAAUAUCCCAUGAAAUUCACCCUCUCCGCCCACGACUUGGCUCCGGGGCCGCCAACCUGCAGGUAUUGAAUAUUUCCUGCCUGAGUUGGAGAUUUGGAGUGGAAACAAACAACAUUAUUGGGUGGUAUGGUGUGCCACAAACAUGUAAAAGCUAUGUAGGGCAUUACAUGCUUGGCACCCAAUACCGGGACGACUCAAGACUGGUGGUGUAUGAGGCAAUUGCUUAUGCUGAAAGCCUCAAGUUGGUUGGAGAUGGCAAGGACGUAUGGGUGUUUGAUAUAGAUGAGACAACCCUUUCUAAUCUGCCUUACUAUGUUGACAAUGGACUUGGGACUGGAAAAUACAAUGCCACACUGUUCAAUUCUUGGGUCCUCCAAGCCAAGGCACCGGCACUGCCAGAAAGUCUUAAGCUGUACAAGAAGUUGUUGUCCCUUGGGAUUAAAGUUGUGUUCCUAACAGGCAGAGGAGGAUCCCAGAGAAAUGCCACAGUAACCAAUCUAAAGAAUGAGGGAUUCCUUACUUGGGAGAAGCUCAUACUCAGGGGAUCAUCGGAGACAGGUACUGCACUUGUGUACAAAUCAAAUAAAAGGAAAAUGCUUGAGCAAAAUGGAUAUAGAAUAGUAGGAAACAUUGGUGAUCAAUGGAGUGAUAUCUUGGGAACCAAUACAGGAAAUAGGACUUUUAAGUUGCCUGAUCCAAUGUAUUACGUUGCUUGAAACUUUGAACAAGCAAUUGUAAUUACUUGUUAUCAUUUCCUGUGU